AUGUCCACCCGUAUCCCCACGUACAGCACCGGCCCUAUAGUACUCAUCACUCUAUACAUGCAACCUCCUUUAGACUUCCUGGUCACCACUCACCACUCACCCCUCACCCCUCACCAACAACCAGGACAACAACAGCGAAAUAGAAACACCACAACCAAACCUCAACACACAUACAAAAUCUACGCCCACCACACCCCCUCAGCCACCAACACCACUAAACCGAAGUCCACCCAGAGAACCCAUCCCAGCCAACCACCACAAGAGGGUCACGGGUACCAGUCCCCAACCUCAGCUGCAUCCGGCUCUGGCCGCGAGCCUGGAAGGCGAAUACCUAGUAGAUGGGGUAACUGGCUGGAUGCGGCACUGGCUUCCAGUUUCACUCUCCACCAGCUAACGGGUACCGUCGGUCCCCACUUAAAUUGCACCCACGCAUUGAACUUUGAAGUCCCGAUGACCCUAACCCUUCCCCACCUCCAACAGAUCAAACCCCUCAUCCCCUCCUCCACCACCUCCACCACUGCACUGCACUGCACUACGCAUGUAGCUUCUAGGAAGACAAUAGAAAAGACAAUAGCACAACCACAACCCCAAUCCCACUCAACUCCUCACACUCAACCCCAUCAGAGAUCAAACACUACCCAAGUACAGACACAUUCCCGUCCGUCACGUGGACUCACAUUCUCCGAGAUCAUACAUUCCCACCCAUUCUCGUACGAGUACAGCACAGUGCAGUACUACUAUAUGACCUCGCCAACCGCCUACCGCCUACCGCCCACCAUCCACUAUGUACUGUACUAUAUUGCAGUACGUGAGAAGUGCAUGUCUUGUCUUGCAGAGCAGGAUAAGUACAAGUACAAGUACAAGUACAAGUAG